AUGGCUCAAAACAAUACAAGGCAACCCCAGCAGCAGUCUUCGCCUUCUUCUUCUGCGUCCCAGACGCCUUCUUCUUCAGGUGCUGGACAGUCUGCAAGAACAAAUGCCAAUGCGCCGCCAUCGUCCCAAGGCCAAGGUGCAAGGCCUAGCGGGCCCUUCUCUGCAUCUGAUUUGAAUCGGAUUGUCCUUGAAUACCUCAAUAAGAAGGGCUACCAUCGUACAGAAGCCAUGUUGAGGGCUGAGAGCGGACGUACGUUGACUCCACAGAAUAAGCAGUCGCCUGCUAACACUAAGACAGGGAAGUUACCGGAUCCAAGCACGAUGCCACCAAAUGCUGAUAAAAAUGCAAGGCCAGUAAGCAAUCCUGUCUCUUUACCUACCAAGAGGGAUGUUGACGAUCAAUCUGUGGUCUCUAGUGAGCAGCUGAGGGAAACCACUUCUCCAGAAAAUUACAUCAGAGCAUAUUCGAUGUUGAGAAAUUGGACAGACUCUUCACUCGAAUUCUACAAGCCAGAGCUUCUCUAUAUCAUCUACCCUAUUUUCAUCUAUCUCUUCUUGAGUUUGGUACCAAAGAGCCCGGUUCACGCUCGAAGAUUUUUUGACAGGUUUUCACCGGAUUUCAGGAUUAGCCACGGUUCAGAAAUUAAUAGGCUAUUCAGUGUUAAUUCAACUGAUCAUAUUAAGGAAAAUGAAGUGGCGAAUGCUUUCCAAACUAAUCGGUAUCGAGUCACUAUAUCCAGAACAACAUUGAAUCUGUUACUAUAUUUCUUAAACGAAAAUGAGAGUGUUGGCGGUUCGUUGAUAAUUAGUAUAAUCAACCAACACUUGGAGCCAAAUAUUGUUGAAACUGUCACUUCUAAGGAAACUCUGGCGGACGGUAUAAAACUUAUAGAUUCAGAAAAUGGUAAAUCAAAUGGAGGAUCUGAGAUUAACUCCACACCGGUCAAGCUUGGACCUUUUCCCAAAGAGGAGGAGUUCACGAAGGAAGUUGAGACGGAGUUGAAGAUCAAAGAUGACCAAGAAAGAAGGCAGAGGCAACAGGAUGGCUCUUCAACAGAAGGUAGAACACUAUUGGGAGAAUACAAGGCGAUGAAUAAUGAACCAUACAGCGAGGCAGCAGCUGCUGAUGCAAUCGAAUCUGUUCCUCCAACAUCAGAUGUUAAAGAAGAAGCAAAUGAGUCUAGUGAUUUGAAAAAUGAUCAGGAAGAUGAAAAAAACCAUAAUGAAACAGUAGUUUCACCACCGGCGGCAAAACUGGAAGACAAGAAACAACAAAAUCAGCUUGCCAAAGGCGCCGCAGCUGUAUCGGAACCUCAAGACGCAAUGAUGGAAUCACCUUCGAUUAGUUCUCUCCCAUUGCCAACGAAAACAUCUCUCGAUAUCAAACUUGAAAUUCAAAAGGUCAAAGAGUCCAGAGAUGCCAUAAAGCUAGAUGAUCUACAACUAGCACUACCAAGUGUCUGCAUGUAUACAUUCCACAACACUGAUAGAGAUAUGACCAGUCUUGAAUUCAGCGAUGAUUGUAGGUUGGCGGCAGCUGGUUUCCAGGACAGUCAAAUUAAAAUUUUCUCACUGGAUGGUUCCUCAUUGAACAGCAAACUCACUGAAAGUAACAAAAAAACUAACAAACUGCUGAAUAAUGACGAGUCAACAUCCACUUUGAUCGGCCAUAGUGGUACUGUAUACUCCACAAGUUUCAGUCCCGACAACAGGUACUUGGUGUCAGGAUCUGAGGACAAGACUGUCAGAUUGUGGUCCAUGGACACUCAUACAUCCCUGGUUAGCUAUAAAGGACAUAAUCACCCUGUUUGGGAUGUGGAAUUCUCGCCCUUAGGUCACUAUUUCGCUACUGCAUCUCACGAUCACACUGCAAGACUGUGGUCGUGCGACCACAUUUAUCCAUUGAGAAUAUUUGCUGGGCAUUUAAACGAUGUCGAUUGUGUCUCUUUCCAUCCCAACGGUUGCUAUCUGUUCACCGGUUCAAGCGAUAAAACCUGUAGGAUGUGGGAUAUUACGACGGGUGAUUCAGUGAGGUUAUUUCUUGGGUUGACUGCCCCAGUCAUGUCCACCAGUGUCUCUCCCGAUGGAAGGUGGCUAUCAACCGGUAGUGAAGAUGGUGUUAUAAAUGUUUGGGAUAUUGGGACUGGUAAAAGACUGAAACAGAUGCGUGGACACGGUAAGAAUGCUAUUUAUUCCCUAUCCUAUAAUAAAGAAGGCAAUGUACUGAUAAGUGGUGGAGCUGAUCAUUCUGUUAGAGUGUGGGACUUGAAAAAGGCAACCACAGAGUCUGGUGCCGAACCAGAAGAGCCGUUUGUUGGAUAUCUAGGUGACGUUACGACUUCAAUCAAUCAAGACAUCAAGGAGUACGGGCGUAGAAGAACGGUGAUACCAACAAAUGACUUAGUAGCUUCAUUUUACACUAAAAAAACGCCUGUUUUCAAAGUGAAAUUUACUAGAAGUAAUCUGGCUCUUGCCGGUGGUGCUUAUAGAGAUUAA